GAACCAACUGCGCAUUAGCGGUAACAUAAGAUCACCACUUACUUCACAUCAUAUAAUUUUACAUUGUCUGAAUAUACCAAACAUAACUUUUGUCUUUUUAUUUUCUCUUUUUUCUUAAUAUCCUUUUAAAGGAAAAAUAAUUAUGGUGGGUCACCCUUAUCACUCAGGGGUAUAAGAAAUAUAMGAAAAACUAUUCUCAUACCUACCGAAUAUACACAAAAAAUUUCACAUAAAUCGGUCAAGUCGUUUCGGAGAAUAAGAAUAACAAACACUGUGACAGGGGAAUUUUAUAGAGAUAAGAAGAUAUUAUUGCAAUUAUGGAAAAAUUGUGUUUACAUAGCAUUAAAUGUUUAAAAUGGCUACGUCAUUAGCAGAGCAAUUGAAAAAGUUGAGAGUUCCACAAACUACAUUAUUAUUACAAGAACGAAAACGUUUCAGUUUAUUAUUUGAUCCUAAAGAAGCUGCAAGUUUAGAAAAGGAAACAGUGUUAAGCAUUGGUCAAAGUGGUUUAGAUGAAUUGAUUAAGUUAACUAACUUAUUUAUAGAAUUCAAAGAUAACUUAUUUGCCCAGAGCUCUAUUAACUUUGAGCGUUCGAUCUAUGAUGCUAAUGUUAAUAAAAAGCUCGAUAAUGGAAUAGAAAAAUUUUUGAUACUACUUUCUCCAUAUUUUCUCUUAAAUGCAGCUCACAAGGCUCUUGAAUGGUUGAUAUAUAGAUUUCGUAUACAUCAAUAUAAUAAAGAUCAAUUUCUUCUUUUAAUUUUACCAUAUCACGAAACUCGUAUUUUUGCCAGAGCAUUGCAAUUGGUAGAUCUAACAGAAUCAAAUGAUAAAUGGCGUUGGCUUAAACCAUUACAGAGGCCAGGAAUACCUUUGUCCUCUGGUACACUUAUAAAUCAAGUUAGUACCGAAAAUGGUCUUUUAAAAAUGAUUUGCACGCACGUUUCUACAGCAACAAAGAUAUACGGAGAGCAAGCAACUGCUUUGAAUACUCUAUACUCAUUUUAUACUACAGUAUUAAUUGGUGCUAUCAGUAUUUUACCAACAAUCAAAGAAGUUCAAUAUGGUUAUAUGUUACCAACUCUUUUAAAAGGAUUAUCUAGUGAAAUUCCAGAUUUUGCUUCUAGCAGUUAUAUGAUUCUAUCAAAAUUAUUGACUAAAGUUAAACUGAAAGAUGAUAUUAUGGAAAAAUUAUUAUUAAAAAUAUUUAAAAAACCAUGCCUUGGAAAAGAAGCAGUGCUUUUUCUUUUAUUUUUAUUUGAUUCUGCAUUUUGUCGAUUGACAUAUUUACAUGGCAGUGUUGUACAUAAAUUGGCAAAUCUCUCCUGGUUUACAGAAACGAUUGUCAAAUUACAAUCUACAGGUAUCAACGUAACAAGACUCAUAAUUCCAUUGAUAGAGACUGCAUGCCAUGAGAUUCUGAUGAACCCAACAGAAACUCAACUAAUACAGAAUUUGGUAAAUGAUAUAAUAUCUUCACUGAAAUUGGAAGAUAGUGCAGUAGAUGUAUUACUACCAAGUAUUUUAAAAAAGAAUUUCUCUGAAAAUGAAGUAUCUAGAGAAUAUAAAGAUUUCUUGAUUCAUUUAUAUCGAUCAUUGGAGAGAAAAUAUCCGGAAAGAUUUGACAAUUAUUUAAAAAAGUUGAUAAAAUACAACGAAAGAGAUAAUACUUGUAAAGAAGAAUUAAGAUUUCUCCCUUCUUGGCCGUUUGGCGCGCAUGACGCACAUGAAGCAGUGAAAAUAUUAAUUAGACUGGUUCAUGCCAGUUCAGAAUACAGAAUAAUAGCGUUAGAAGCACUCGCAAAUGACGAUGUAAUUAUUCCCGAAAGUUUGCAAGAAAUUUUUAGAAAUACCUUGAAGGCUAGAUUCAGUGAUAAUGAAAUAAACGUUAUCAGAACUUUACUUUCAUUUCCUGUAAAACGAUUAACAAAGCUACUUUCUACCGACAUAAUAGUCGAUGAACUAAUAAUUUUGUUAUCGACAUGUCACAAUGAUAGUAGACAAAUAUUGGCUAAACCAGCAUUAAAAAUACUUUUAGAAUUAUGCGACGAUAGUGACGAUACGAGUAUAUUCAUUAUAACCUUGCCAUAUUUAUUUCCUAAUAAGGAGAAAGACGUAGAGGUUGCUAUGGAAAUUUUAUUGUCCAAUUUUGCUAAGAACAAUAACUACAUGCAAGCGGUUAAAAAUGCCGUUGGAAGAUCGCCAACCGCAGAAAUGAUUACUUCAGCUGUAUUUACAAAUAUAUUAGAGGCUAAAUUAUUGCCGCCAACAGAAAAUAUAUUGAAUGCUAUGAAACAACAGAUUUCUCAUGGCGAUGCUGUAUCAGUGUUCUUUAAUAUGAUUUUGUUGGGAUCUGUUUGCAGAGUACCCGUUGGUUCAUUAAAACCAGAAUUAGCUAGAGAAGUCAUUGAAUUAGCUACAGAAAUGCUUAGAAAAUAUCCGCAAAAGAAACUAUUGCCAAAUUGUAAUAAUUUAACUAGGAGCGAUAUACAAUCAGCAUUGGAAUUAACUUCGAAAGAUAUCUUACCACUGCAAGUUGGUACGUACGUUUAUGAGAUGGUUCACAGACGAUUGGAUUUCAAAUCUUAUUCUCAAUUGGAUUUUGACAAUGAUUCAGAUCGUAGUCAUCUGAUAUUACGUCUUCUUGAAAUAUUUUUCGAAGGUAUGAGCAACAAGUAUCAUAGUAAACAUUAUUCAAGAUGUUUACAGAUAUUUUUUCAACGACAUUUUACUACGAUGAAGGAUUUAAUUCGCUUCAUAUCACAAUUGUUCAUAAAACCUGUCAACGUCCAAAUGUCAUUUCAUUGUUUGCAAAUAUUAUCAAUAUUCUUGGAAGAAUCUCAAACUAUGAAAUUGGCAUUACAAGAUAAUGUUUUUCUAACAAAUUUACUUCUAUCAUUGGCAAGAGAACACAAUGAGUGCAGAGUCAUGGCAAUCAACAUUUUAAAGAAAUUAACUCAAACUUUUAAUUUAACGAUGGAACCAUUUUCAGUAUUUCUUCAAGAAUUAGUGAAAAGAAGUACAGAAAUAUCUAUGGAUCCUAAUCAACUAUCGUUAUAUCUCUAUCUCUUACUUUCACCAGAUCCUGACGUAAACAGUCAAUUCAAAUCUGAUAAACGAGAAAAACUACAAAACGUACAAAAAAAAUUAUUUGAAAUAAUUGUGGAUCCGGUAACACCAAUGUACGUUAAAUCGCAGUUAUUAAACAUCCUUAUUCAUGUAAAUGGACCAGAAAUUUUAAAAGAUCUUGCAACUCUUGGUCUUGAUUUGCUUGAAAAAUUAAGUAAGGAUACCAAACAGGAAUCUGUUGGAAAUGCUUUGAAUAAUAUUCUUCAACGAUUUAACGCUGUAACAACAAAAGCACUGACCGAUGAAAAAGUGUGGAAACUUUUUGAAAUGAGCAUAUCGAACUAUGAAAAUGUAAUACAAGUUAAUGAUAUAUUUUAUCCUCCAAGUGUGAUUCUCUUGAAGCAAAUAGAUCUGUUGUUUUUCGAAAGUGUCGGCAAAGUUUCCAAUCAAAUGCAAGGAAAGAUUCUUGGGAUACUACUGGACAUUGCAACGGAUUGUGACGUUAGUAAUGUAAUAUCGAAUGUCGACAAAGCUGUUAGAAGAAUAAGUAUGCAUGCUCAACUAAUAAUCGACGAAUUACAAAAUAUGAAAACGUUUAACGAAACUACAAAUGAAAAUGAUCAGAACCCAGUCAGAGCAAGACGAUUGAGUAAGCGUCAUACUAUUCCUAAUCCAAUGAUGAUCAAUAGCAGAAAUUGGAAACGCGGAGUAAUUCUAUUAGAAUUCGUUCAAUGUGCCGAAAAUAUUCAACAAAAAGAACUACUCUACCCAAUUUUAUUCGAUUUACUUAAAACAUGUCUUAGCUUUGAAGAACAAAGCCCCAUCGAAUAUACGAAUCAGCUAAUAUUAUCGAAUAUUUAUCAAUUAUUAAUCGAGAAACUUCCUAUUCGUGACGGUUAUCUUCAAGUAGAUUUGAUAGCACAAUGCAUUAGGAAAUCAAGAAAUCCUCAAACACAUUAUCACGCAUUGUUGGUAUUGGUGGAAUUGUUAAAGAUCGUUGACGUUAAAUUCGCCUUUCACACGAUUAUGCCUAUAUUUACGUUCAUGGGUAGCUCGGUUGUUAGACAAGACGAUGCUUAUUCAAUACAAAUUAUUAUUAAAACAUUAGAAACCGUAAUACCAAUUGUAAAUGUGGAGAAUAAUGAGAUUCACGUAUGUGAAAUUUUAAGAACAUUUAUCGUUUCAUUACCAGAUAUACCAGAACACAGAAGAACGCCACUGUUUGUAAAACUUUUGCAAUUACUCGACAAUUAUCUUCAUUUGUAUUAUCUGUUAACAUUCGAAAGUUUUGUGCUUUCCAAAAGUCGUGCCGUUAAUGACCAAACGCCAUCUCAAAGACUAGAAUUUGCGUUAAACAUUUCGAAAGAAUUCGAACCGAAAAGAUUGCUACAAGUUUGCGUUAAAUUGACACAAUUUUUGAAAGAUUUGCCGAUCGAUAUUGAGGAAGAGAAACAUCAAAAAGAAGCCAUACUAUCCUAUCCAUAUAAACAUAUUUUUGAUAUCACCAAGAAUACACCGAAACAUCUUAGACACUACAAAUUCGUGUUAGUCCAAUUUCUAAGGAAUCUUUUAUCAUCGACAGAUUUCAUUAGUCGAUUUGCCGGAUACAGUUCAAAAGAAGUGGAUGAAAUGAGGCCAUAUUACGAUGUUCUGAUAAUUGAAUUACUACUCUUGAUACACACUACUUCCAAAACUGCAGAUUUAUAUUUAUACCACGGGAAGCCUAUAGUCAAAUAUUGGAAGGUUCUUUUACAUCAUCUUUAUGACGUGCUUGAUCUUGUUAACAAUCUUUUACCAAACAAUAUAUUUUUAUUAAGCGUAAAUAAACUUUUAAAUCACGAGUUACUAACAGUCAAAAAGAAAGCCUUAGAAUUGCUUAAUGCAAGGCUGCAACAGAAAAAGUUUAACGAAGAGGAUCAUGUCAAUCUAUUAGAGUUGACUUGUUCGUUGUCAAACAUUAUCGACAUUAACGUGAAAUCAGAAAAUCAAGAAGGUGAAAUCGUCCAACAAACCGUUUUAAUUACUUUCAAGUUGUUGGCUAAAAUACUGGCAAACAAACAUCCUAUGAUAUUCAAACAUAUUCUCGACUUGACUACCGAAGUAUUAAAAACACGAAACGGUCCGAUUUUAGGAAGUGCAGCAUUAUGUGUUGGAGAAUUAUGUAGCUGUUUACGUACUCAUGCUAUACAAUCAUUGAACAAAUUUAUACCUGCACUUAUUAGUUUAAUAGAAACUUAUUGCCACGAAGAAAUACCCGAUGUAGUUACAAUCAGUAUCAUUAGUGCCUUCCAGAAGAUCGUGGAAUCGGUUGGAAAUUUCUUAUCACAUUACUUGGAUCAAAUUUUGUACGAGUUAACUCGAUUAAAUUCAUUUUACACCGACACAGAUCAUCCCAAGAUUGGUGUAGUGGUUUCUCGUUUAAAAUCAAUUACACAAAAAUUAGCAAGUUACGUACCUUUGCGCGUUUUGUUACCGGCUAUUAAUAAGACAUACGAUAAAUUAUAUAAAAGAAAUUCUUACAAAUGUAUACCGCCACUUUUAAACAUACUUUCUGAAUCAUUUGUUUCAAUACCAAGUGCAGAUUUAACUGCAGCUAUACCAGAUCUGACAAGCUUUUUUUUAAAAGUAUUUCAAUUUCGUGAGGAUAUAGUUUCUAGUGAUGACCUUAUGAAAAUUGACGGUGUAGAUCUAUUUAAAAAUAUUCAGAUUGUUGAAGAGAAUGCUGGUAAAGCUUUGGUAGCGUUAGUUUUGAAAUUAAGCGAGGCCACUUUUAGACCUCUCUAUUAUAGAUUCUAUGAUUGGGCAACAAGAAAUUCAGAUCACAAAGAACGAAACAUUACAUUCUUCAGACUUUCAGCUAACAUAGCAGAAUGUUUGAAAUCAUUAUUCGUUUUAUUUGCGGGCAAUUUCUUGCAACAUGCAGCACAUUUAUUAACCAACAACAAUCAGUUCGUUUCUCAAGAAUCUAACGAAUAUACUUUAACCGAAGAGUCCAAUAGGAUCGAAUUGGUGGAAUCAAUAUUAUUAACGCUCCAUCGUGUGUUUACUUUUGAUGCUAAUAAUUUUGUCAAUCAAGAACGAUUCGACACAUUGGCUCAACCGAUCGUUGAUCAAUUAGAAAAUACUAUGGGUACGAAGGAAGAAUAUAUUAAACGUGCGAACGAUUUGAUAGUGCCUUGCAUAGCUUCCUUCGCAAGUGCUAUACCAGAUGAUUCGUUGCAUAAAUUAUUGGUUUAUCAAGUCUUAUUAAAAACUAGACACGCUAAAGCAUAUGUCAGAAGUGCUGCUUUGAACGCUCUGAUUGAAAUCGCUCGGAAAUUAGGAGAAGAUUUUAUGCCUUUACUACCGGAAACUGUACCUUUCUUAGCAGAGAUGUUAGAAGAUGAGGACGAAGCUACAGAAAAAUGUGCACAAAAUGCAGUUAGAACUUUGGAGGAAAUUUUAGGAGAACCAUUACAACAAUAUUUCUAAUUGCAAUUUAUUUUUUUGAUCCAAUCUAAUCGUCAUUCUUUGUUCUAAGAGGUUUAAAAUCUGUUUGCGGGACAUAAUUUUUGUAAUUAUUAUGUAUGAUUGAUUGAUUAUUUCUGUAUCAACUUGAAACAACAAUUGCAAUGUAAAUAGAUAGACUGUAAAUA